CACAACGUACACAAAGAAAACAUAACCCUUUGACAUAACCUGUGUUCUGUGUUCAAUAUUCAUUUUUAUGUUAUUAUUUUAUCAAAUUUUAUGAUUGUAAAUUGUAAGCACAGUUUUCAAAAUAAUAGCUAUACAAUUAUUGAUCAGAAGUAAAAUAAACGGAUAUUGAAUAAUAUUUUUAAUGGACAAGUUUGCAAACAAAAUUUCAUAGGAGUUUGAUUUUCGCCUUGUAUUAUAAACAUAAAUUCAUAAAUAAGGAGUGCAGUCAUUUGCAACUGCGAUACUUACUUUUGUUUUGUUCGGUGAAAAAACAGGACUAGCUCUAUGGCCUCUUUCAAGCACUUGUCUAAUAAAAACAAUCUCUUACGAUAUAACACCUGGUCCAAAUAUAAACGGCUUUAUCAUGAAAUGUUUCCCACAACUCGUACAAAAAUAUUUGCCCCAAAUCCUAAUAAGAAAAAAAAUAAACUCGAAGUGCCCCUUAAAGUACAAUGCAUGGAACAGAAACUAGGUCAUAGAAGGAAUAAACUGGGUAUUCAGAUGCUCUCAAAACCCAUAUAUGAUCAAGUAUUUAAGGAGACACCUAAAGAACAAUGCAAUAAUGAAAUCCUAAAUCAGUCUCAAAAGGAACUUUUACAACACAACAUGAAAAGUGAAGACACAGAUAUACUUCCAGAUGUAGAUUUUAAAUUGCCCCCUUUGGAGGGAAAUAAUAUAGAAGAUCAUUUUUUACAUAUUGGGAAUGAAAUGGUAGAUCCGUACAAAUCAUUAGUAUUUCAACUUCUGGAGUUUUUACCAGAACAACCUGCUACAUGGUUAUUGCAAGAAGGCUGGACAAAAUACGAGCCAGGGAAAUCACCAAUGAAAGUUGAUUUCCCUUUAGAGGAUGUGGUUGUUUUUGAUGUUGAAGUUUGUAUGGCAAUUGGGAAAUUGCCUACACUUGCUACAGCCGUGUCAAACAAAGCUUGGUAUAGCUGGAUUAGUCCAACUCUAAUUGAAGGAAAUUCUAGACCCAACACCUCACACCAUUACCCAAUUUCAAAUUUAGUUCCAUUUGAAAGUACCGUAGAUCAUGAUGGGAUGCAUCUUACCAAUCAUCAGUUAAAACCAAAAAUAAUUGUUGGUCAUAACGUUUCGUAUGAUAGAGCUAGAAUUAAGGAACAAUAUUGGUUAAAUAAGACAGGUACUAGGUUUGUAGAUACUAUGAGUUUACAUAUUUGUGUCAGUGGAUUGACUAGUUUUCAAAGGGCAAUCAUAAAAUCUUCAAGCGAUGAUGAAGAAGAUGCUACAUGGAAAAAUGUAAGUUCCUUAAACAAUUUGGUGGACGUUUACAAUCUGUAUUGUGGCAAAACAAUAGGAAAGGAAACUAGGAAUUUAUUUGUUGAAGGAACCAUAGAUGAUAUUAGGAAUGAUUUUCAAAAAGUCAUGAAAUACUGCGCUGACGAUGUCACAGCCACUUAUAACGUUCUUAAAAAACUGUUUCCUUUAUUUUUGGAAAGAUUCCCUCAUCCAGUUACACUAGCUGGCAUGCUGGAACUUGGUACAGCCUAUUUACCUGUAAAUCAAAACUGGAACCUUUAUGUUUCCGAAGCUGAACAAUCUUUCGAAGAUGUCGAAAACGAAGGUAAAAUCCUUCUUGCCAGAAGAGCAGAUCAAGCUUGCCAGUUACUUCAUAACGAGAAUUAUAGAAAAGAUCUUUGGCUGUGGGAUGAAGACUGGGAAGUAAAAGAUUUGAAAAUUAAAAAGAAUAUUAACGUUAAAAAGACGAAAAUUGAAGAUGAAAAUGAAAAACUUCCCGAAGAAUAUGAAUCGGACGAUGAAAUUUCAUUGAAGAAAAAAUUUAAAAAGGUAUGGAGUACAAGGGAAAACCUCACAAAAACUGUGACACUUUUACCUGGUUAUCCCAAUUGGUACAGGAAACUGUGUAUGAAGCCGGAAUCGGUCGAAGAUUGGAAACCGGGACCGCAUCUGUUGAGUACCUCGAUGAAAAUAACGCCGAAACUCUUGUCUUUGACUUGGGAAGGUUUCCCUCUCCAUCACGUCAAAGAAAAAGGCUGGGGCUUUUUGGUGCCGUUUUCAGACGAUAUAGACGUUGAAAGAAAACUCCCUUUAAAAGAGCUUCUAAAUAAAUGUCCGCUACUGACUAAUAAAGACAGUGCCUUAAAAAAUGUUGAUGUUAAUAUCACCAAGGCCGUCGAUGAACAUUUAAUGAAAAGGGAAUUCUACUCGCGUGUAAAAAAGGAUAAAACUGGAGGAUUAUACAAAGGAUCAGGCAUUUGGUGUAAUACAGAAAUUGAAGAUUGUUGUUGGUUUUUUAAACUACCCCACAAAGACGGAACCGCUUAUAACGUUGGAAACCCUUUGGCAAAAGAUUUCCUGAAUAAAUUUUCCGAAAACGUUUUGGCUGGAGACACUGAUAGUGCCGAGGAAGUCUUAACUCUAGCCAGGAAACUGUCUUACUGGAGAAAUAAUAGGGAUAGGAUUAUAGAUCAAAUGAUAAUAUGGUUGUCCCAAGAUAAUUUACCAAAACACCUUCGAGAUAUAAAUUUCAACUACGGAGCUAUUAUUCCUCAGGUAGUUGUGUGUGGCACAUUGACUAGACGAGCCAUGGAACCAACUUGGAUGACGGCCUCCAAUGCGCAUGCGGAGAGGAUCGGUAGCGAGCUUAAAGGAAUGGUACAAGCACCUCCUGGAUACAACAUUAUCGGAGCGGAUGUGGAUUCUCAAGAGUUGUGGAUUGCAAGUGUACUAGGUGAUGCUUACCACGCGAAAAUGCACGGCUGUACCCCCUUUGGAUGGAUGACAUUGUCAGGCUCGAAAGCAAAGAAAACCGAUAUGCACAGCGUGACAGCUCAGGCCGUAGGCAUUUCUAGAGACCACGCCAAAGUGAUCAACUACGCCCGAAUAUACGGCGCGGGACAACAGUUCGCCGAGAGACUUUUAAAGCAGUUCAAUCCGUCCAUCAGCGAAUCCGAGGCCAGAAGUAAAGCAGUUAAAAUGUUCUCCUUAACAAAAGGAAAGAAAAUAUACUACUUGAAAUCGGAACACGUAUCUCUGGACUUCCCCGACAAACCUUACGGCAAGUGGCAAGCUUUGGACAUAGCCAGGGCUUGCGGAAAACGCGUGGAAGACAUGUUCGACAAGUCCAAGUGGGUGGGAGGUACCGAGUCCGCCAUGUUCAAUCGCCUUGAGGAAAUAGCCAACAGCCCAGCUCCGCGCACGCCUUUUUUGGAUUGCCGCCUAACGCGAGCUCUCGAGUCGAACACUCAAAACGAUAAGUAUUUGACAACCAGGGUGAACUGGGUGGUCCAAUCAGGAGCCGUGGAUUUCCUGCAUUUGAUGCUGGUGUGUAUGAAAUGGAUCAUGGGCGACAAAGUUCGUUUCUGCAUCAGUUUUCACGACGAAAUCCGAUAUAUAGUGCCGGAAAAUUACAAAUACAAGGCAGCUCUGGCUCUACACGUCUCGAACUUGCUCACGCGAAGUUUUUUUGCCUAUAAAUUGGGAUUGCACGACCUCCCUCAAGCAGUCGCGUUCUUUUCUAGCGUAGAAGUCGAUACUGUGUUAAGGAAAGAAUGCCACGAUGACUGUUGUACUCCUAGUAAUCCACAUGGAUUAGAGAAAGGGUAUGGCAUAAAGCGCGGGGAAGCUUUGGAUAUUUAUCAAGCCAUAGAAAAAGCAAACGGACGAUAUAAGUGUUGGUACGACGAUUUAAAGUUUAGCAAGUUUUUAAAGGACAGAAAUGUCCAAAGCCACGAAACGUAAACACGUGUUGUUGGAAGUGUUUCAACACGGUUUUUCAACACCCUCCGAAAAUCAACAGAUAGUAAAAGUAUUAGGUAGCCGAGGAAAUAACCUACACGAGGUUCAAGACUCGCACGGAGGUAGAUUUCUUGUCUCUAUGCCAACAAAAUUCCGCAAAAAUAUUUGGGUCAAAAGAGGAGAUUAUAUUUUAAUUGAACCGAUCAAAGAAGGCGACAAAGUCAAAGGAGAAA